UGGAGUCACUCUAUAAAUGUCCCCGGGAGUUUCCGAAAUCCACACUCGGUGACUUCAACUGAACAAUGGUUAACAUGAGCUAUCACCAAUCUCUACAAAAACACGCACAGACCCUGAAUCCAAAGCAGCCGAGGAAAAGAAAUAAUAAAAAGAAAAGGAAUCAUUGGGACAAUUUACCGCAAACGACUCACAUUCAAACUUGAUUGACUAGAGACACUUUCGAGGUCUGGUGUGCUAGGUGUGGGAGCAUAUCGUAUUGUGUCUGUGGAUAGCGACUGAUUGGUGCGAUGACUGCGGAGUGGCUGUACCCCCCUGGCGUGGGGCCGCUGUGUGGUGCAGAGUUGGAGGCGUGGUAUGAGGACCUACAGGAUAUACUGGGAUCUGACGCGGGCGGGGCCAAGCUCACGAGAGCCCCGCCCUGCUCCGAGAAGGAGCCGGAGUUUCUGGAUGUGUUGGAGAGCUGCUCGCUCACCUGGCUGACGGAGGGCCAGGUUUGGGGCGACGGGGUGCAGCGGGUCACCGACGAGCCGCCCGUCGUCCACUCGCCGCCCAGACAGGACGAGCGCCGAGGAGGAGAGCCGGAGCACACCUCGUCCGGAGGAGACCUGCUCCCGCCCGAGUUCUUCGAGCUCCUCAGCGAAGGCGGCGUGGGUUCGGUGGAGACCAUGUACCACGUCUCCCAUCACGCGCCUCCCUCGCCCUCCGCCAGCGAAGAGGAGGAGCUCCCGACCGUCCCGGACACCUCGUCCUGCUCCUCGGCGUCCCGCUCGCCGUCUCCUCCCGUCUCCGCUCGCCCGGGGAAGAGAAAACGAGGAGGCGACAGAGCGGGAGGCGCAGGAGGAGGAGGAGGAGCGCCUUGCUCUCCGUCCCCCGGGAAGAAGAGCCGGCGCGAGCGAGAGCAGGAGAACGAGAGGAAAGUGCAGGAGCUGACGGAUCAGAACGAGCGCCUCAAAGCCGAGAUCGAGCGUCUGGGAGAGGAGGUGCAGCGGACGCGCCGGGCGCUCAUCGAGAGACUCGUCAACACCAGGAGGUGAAGGAGCCCGGGGCCGCCGUGAAAUGCACGUUUAGAGGGAGAUAAAAGACACGUGGGACUGAGAGGAGGUUCGCCGGAGCGACUCCCGCCGAGAGAGAAAGAGAAAGUCAGGCCGAGACUAAUUUAAAAAGAAAGAAAAGAGUGUGGAGGCCGACGCAAGCACGGCCCGAAUGCAGAGCACAGGAGAAGAAAUGCGCUUUCGGUUCGAGAAAAUCAAUCAAUGCAUUUAAAUCAGCGCCUCGCUUUUAAAGGAGAAUGAUACGAUUUAACGAAUAAGUUGAUGAACGAGCGAUUUUAGAAAAAAAAGAACUGUCUACCAAAAAAAGGCAGAAUUCAAACUUUUGUUUGCUGUGAAUUAAAAACGACCAGCGCGUUUUUUUUUUAAAGCAUUUAAAUCAUGCACACAAUGCAUCAAUGUUACAAUCUGACAAACUACAAAACGUUCGAAGAUCGAGGAAAUAAAAAUAUCAGAAAAAUAUCAUUUUAAUUAUUUUUUCGAAGCAAGUAAAGAUUAUGAACGCUGUAUUUUAAACGUUAAAAUCGGCGCGAAGGAAAAUCCUACAUAUAAAACAAAUUGCGCUACAAAUAAAUGUAAAAAUAAGAUGUGCGUUAUAUAUCUAAAAAUAUAUGAAGAUGAGAUUUUGCAUGAAGAAUUUCUAAUUUAAAUUAAAAGCCUAAUUUAAGGGGGGAAAAUAAAACGUUAAUAGUAAUAUUUAUUCGUAAUAUCAUUUGUUAAAUUGUAACAUUUAAUGCGUGCCACAGCUGAACAAAUGCUGUUACAAAAAACAAUAACAUUACAGCAAGGAAGAAAGGUGAAGCCUGAUUUAAAGCUGAAUCCUAUCAGCAGUAAAAAGACUGAAGGACUAUUUAAAUCAGCGUGAAUUAAAUGCUGCAAUGAAUUACGUUUCAGAUUAAAGAUUAAAGUAAUUCCCAUAUCAAAAGGAAAUAAGGAAAGAUCAAUUAGAAUAGAAGUGAAUUAAAGCGACGCUUUAAACAUUUAAAUCAGCAAAAGUGAAAGACAGCAACAUUUUGCAGCGUGUCAUAAAAAAAUCAUAAUGCAAGAAAUUGCAGGGCUACCGAAAGCGCAUUUUUUCUUUAGCAUCCGGCCGUUCGUGGGCCGCUAACAGCGCUGUAACGUUCAUUAAACUACCCAAAGGUUAAUCAGCUCUCUGUGACUGAGAGCCGGUUGUUCAUCAGUGCCGAGGAGUCUUGAGGGAAACGUAGCGGAGAGACGAGACGAGAGGCAGAACUGCAAUAAUAAAGAAGGAAGGAAGCCGAUAGUAUCGGUGACGGUGAUUGUAGGUGCAUUUCACUGAAACCAGCCUGUUUUAAUUCACGUCAUGUUAACGAAGGGCUUUAACCGCGCGAGGUCACCCCUAGUUGACAGAGAUUAGUAGCUCAGGACUGUUAUAGCGAACGAUUGUGAGCGUUUCUCUCUGCAGCUCACCGCCAACCCGAGGCCUCUAAGAGUGUGUGUGUGUGUGUGUGUGUGUGUGACGGGGAACUUGUGAAUGGAUGUUCGUAGCGAUUUUUGCUCUCACUUUCUUCUCUUGAAACUUUUCCAGAAUUUUUAGAGCUAGCAGUUUAUAACACGCUCUCUGCCUCAUGCCUAUUUUUCUACACAUGUAUCCCAUCAUCAUCAUCAUCCUCAUCUUCAUCGUCGUUCACCUUAUACUGUAGUUUCCUAAUCUUACAAUAAACCUGCAUGCCGAAUUACUGUAUUAGAGUAGACACAUUUUUAUUUAGCCUUACUUAUGGAAUUGUAUUACACUCGUUUUGUUAUUAAAAAUCUUAAAACGA